UCCUGGAGCAAGGGAGCAUCAAGCAGCAUGACCGCCCAACGAUGGAUGCUUGCCAUCUGCUUUUCCCUUGUCUCAGUGUUUGUGAGAGGUGAAUCUGUGGCAAUAGGAGAUCCUCAGAAAUACACUUGCAGGACAUUUGGCAGCGGGGUUUUCCAGCCCUUCAAAGGUUCAGCUUUCUAUGUGCACUCAGACUGCAAAUUCACCCUCACACGCUUCACCCACAACCAGGUUGAAUGUGACAUCACCAUACAGCGAGGAAAAGAUGGUUUGCUGAGUCAAGUCGAGAUCAUCAUUAACAAAGUCAGGACUGUUCUGCAGGAUGGGGGCAUCCAGGUGGAGACGAAAAGUAUUUCCCUUCCAUACGACCACAAAUACCAACUUAUAUUUGGAUAUGGCAUCUACACCAGACUGAGGAGCUCGCUGCUUCCUCUGUCUAUAACCUGGCACAAUGUACCUGGAGGAAUUGACACUCUCUGGGUGGAACUGGAUCAGGAGCUGAGCUCUAACAUGAUAGGACUGUGUGGGAAAUCCAGCAUCGAGGUUACCGAGCAGGAGUUGAUCAAGGAGAGCAAGUUUACUGACAUGUGUCAGACAAGAGAUCCUGUCUCUGAUAAUUAUAAAAAUUCAGUAUGUGAGUUCAUAUCAGACAUGUUAGAGUGCCUGGAAACUUCUGAUAUAUCCAGUCAAUAUCAACAACUCUGUAACAACAACAUUUACAGCUAUGAAAGCAGCAAAUACAUCGGCUGUGCUUUCUUCAAAGAGAUUACCUCGAAGUGUGACCAAAGCAGUUAUGCGUUGAAAACUUGGAGAUCUAAAACCAGUUGUGAUGAACCCAAGUGUCAGGGAGACCUGGUUUAUAAAGAACAGGGUGAUGCUUAUGUUCCUAGCUGCUCCAACCCAAAUCCCACAUUCUUCAACCAGGACAUCAUCAGCACCUGUGUCUGCCCAGAGGGUAUGGUACUUAAUGAUCUUGCGGAUGGUUUUAAGUGUGUGGAUAAAUCCAACUGCCCAUGCCUCUUCAGUGGCAAGAAAUACUUAAUCGGAGAAAUACGUAAAACCAAAUGUCAGUCAUGUUCGUGUGAAGCGGGAAAAUGGCUUUGCUCUCAAAACUCCUGCCCUCCCAGGUGUCUCAUUGAAGGACAGUUUGUAACAACAUUUGAUGGCAAACAAUUUGCAGUUCCUGGUAAAUGCACAUACAUGGCCUCACAGGGUCUCGAAUGGACAAUAGAAAUUGAGUAUUCUAAAAAGGAAGCAUCAUUGGCAACUGUCAAACUAGCACUUUCUCAGGAAGUUUAUACAUUUAAAGACAACAAGGUUAUUUUUGGAAACCAGGAGAUUACUGAGCUUCAUCGGUCUGAUUAUGCCCUGGUUUUCUGGCAGUCCUCGAUGUAUGUUCAAGUCCACACAUCCUUUGGUAUGAAGAUGCAAGUCCAAAUGUUUCCUGAAAUCCAACUUUACAUCACACCACCUACGAAUCACAAUGGCGUCAUCUCAGGUCUUUGUGGCAACAACAAUUAUGACACCACAGAUGACUUCACAACCAGCAGCAACAUCAUUGAGAACUCAGCUAAGCUUUUUGCUAAGUCCUGGAGCGUGGGUACCUGUACAGAAGAUAUACCCUCUACCUGCAUGAUCACUGCCAAUGAAAUAUUUGCAGAUGAAAAGUGCUCUGUGCUGAAUAACCCAAACGGGAUAUUUGCUAAAUGCUAUGGUUAUAUUCCAGCUGAUCAAUAUCACACAGCUUGCAUCCAGAAAACCUGUAUCAGUGGCAAUGAUCUGCAGCAAUGCGUGUGCAUUGCUUUGGGAAACUACGCCAAUGCCUGCGCCAAUCUGGGUGUUGAUCUUGGGGACUGGAGGAAGGCUGUCAAUUGUUCUCUGAAAUGUCCAAACAACCAAGAGUUCUUCUAUGACCUUCGGGCUUGUAACCAUACAUGCCGUUCCCUGUCUGGCCCUGACCCUGACCCUCGCUGCCAGGUACAAGAUGCUCCAAUAGAGGGCUGUGGCUGCCCUGAAGGGACCCACCUUAACCAAGGAGAUAUGUGCAGCCCAAGGUCAAUGUGUGUGUGUUAUCACCAUGGUGGUUCAACGCCUUCAGGAAGUACUGUAAUUGAUGGACAAAAGUGUGUUUGUGAGAACGGAGAACUGCGCUGCUCCAAGGACUGUGGUUGCAAAAAUGGGAAGGUUUGUGUUCACUGCUCAGAAUACCCAAUGAACACAACUCAGAAAACUUGUGACAGUCUAAGUAAACCAUUGGGUUCAAAUAUGACAUGUGAGACUGGUUGUUUCUGCCCACAUGACCAAUAUGAGGAUCACAAUGGAAACUGUGUUUUCAAAGACAACUGCACAUGUGUAUACAGUGACAAAGUUUUCCAAGCAGGGCAGAACGUCACAACCAACUGUAAAACAUGCUUAUGUAAUCAGGGACGGUGGAAUUGUGACAAUAAGACAUGCCCUGGAAAAUGUCAAGUUUAUGGAAAUGGCCAUUACCAGACUUUUGACUCUAAGUGGUAUCGCUUUGAUGGACACUGUCAGUACACGCUUGUAGAGGAUUUUAAUGCCACCUUCUCUGUCAGAGUGACGAGUGUACCUUGCUGUGAUGAGGCACUCACCUGUUCUCGAUCCAUUGUCCUGUACCUGAAGGACGAAGUCACCCUGACACUGAAUGACAUGAAUGUGACCAGAAGUCUACUAAAUGGCUCGACUAAUGAGCCAAAUCCACUUUACACUACACACACUGUGGGACUCUAUAUAAUAAUCUCAGUGCCAAGAAAAGGUCUAACUCUCAUUUGGGACAAACACACCAGGAUCACUGUGGAACUAGAGGCAAAAUUAAGGAACAAAGUUAGAGGUCUGUGUGGGAACUUUGAUUCAAAUGAAAUGAAUGAUCUACAGAUAAGAGGCUCAGAAGCUUUCACCGGUCCUUUGGCCUUUGGCAACAGCUGGAAGGCUGUCACUCCUCCUUGCAACGAUGUGAUCAACGAGCCAUUUCCAUGUGAACGCAACUCUUACUGUUUAGCCUGGGCACAGCGACGCUGUAUGAUCCUGAAAGGAGACACAUUCAAAGACUGUCACUUAAAGGUAGAUACAGAACCCUACUACCAGGCCUGUGUGCAGGAAUCUUGCUCCUGUGAAUUUGAAGGGAAAUUCCUGGGUUUUUGCACCGCUGUGGCAGCCUAUGCAGAGGCCUGCAGUGAUCAAGGAGUCUGCAUCAAUUGGAGGACACCUGAUUUAUGUCCGGUCUACUGUGAUUACUACAACAAGAGGGACCAGUGUAGCUGGCAUUAUGAAGCCUGCGGUAUGAUGCUAACCUGUGGCCAAGGAAGCUAUCUCACCCCCAAGCUGGAAGGCUGUUAUCCAAGAUGUCCAGAAGAGGCACCUUACUAUGACGAGAACACAAGUGGAUGCACUGCAUUAAGUAACUGCUCGUGUUAUUUCAAUGACACAGUUGUUCCACCUAGAAAAGAAGUACUAAUAAACUCAGUUUGGUGUCACUGUGAAAAUGGAAGCAUGACUUGCCCCCCAACAACUACUACAUCAACCUCUACAGGUACUGUUACUACAACAACGUCAUCUACCACAUCUACAUCAUCUACAUCUACAUCAAUGCCCAGUACCACCUCAACACCAACAACAACUACUUCAACCACAACAACUCCGACCACCACCUCUACAGGUACUGUAACUACAACAACGUCAUCUACCACAUCUACAUCAUCUACAUCAACGCCCAGUACCACCUCAACCCCUACAACAACUACUUCAACCACAACAACCCCCACCACCACCUCUACAGGUACUGUAACUACAACAACGUCAUCUACCACAUCUACAUCAUCUACAUCAACGCCCACUACCACCUCAACACCAACAACAACUACUUCAACCACAACAACUCCGACCACCACCUCUACAGGUACUGUAACUACAACAACGUCAUCUACCACAUCUACAUCAGCUACCACAUCUACAUCAUCUACAUCAACGCCCACUACCACCUCAACCCCUACAACAACUACUUCCACCACAACAACCCCCACCACCACCUCUACAGGUACUGUAACUACAACAACGUCAUCUACCACAUCUACAUCAUCUACAUCAACGCCCACUACCACCUCAACCCCAACAACAACUACUUCCACCACAACAACCCCCACCACCACCUCUACAGGUACUGUGACUACAACAACAUCAUCUACCACAUCUACAUCAACGCCCAGUACCACCUCAACCCCUACAACAACUACUUCAACCACAACAACCCCCACCACCACCUCUACAGGUACUGUAACUACAACAACAUCAUCUACCACAUCGACAUCAUCUACAUCAACGCCCAGUACCACCUCAACCCCUACAACAACUACUUCAACCACAACAACCCCCACCACCACCUCUACAGGUACUGUAACUACAACAACGUCAUCUACCACAUCUACAUCAUCUACAUCAACGCCCACUACCACCUCAACCCCAACAACAACUACUUCCACCACAACAACCCCCACCACCACCUCUACAGGUACUGUAACUACAACAACAUCAUCUACCACAUCUACAUCAACGCCCAGUACCACCUCAACCCCUACAACAACUACUUCAACCACAACAACCCCCACCACCACCUCUACAGGUACUGUAACUACAACAACGUCAUCUACCACAUCUACAUCAUCUACAUCAACGCCCACUACCACCUCAACCCCAACAACAACUACUUCAACCACAACAACCCCCACCACCACCUCUACAGGUACUGUAACUACAACAACAUCAUCUACCACAUCUACAUCAACGCCCAGUACCACCUCAACCCCUACAACAACUACUUCAACCACAACAACCCCCACCACCACCUCUACAGGUACUGUAACUACAACAACGUCAUCUACCACAUCUACAUCAUCUACAUCAACGCCCACUACCACCUCAACCCCAACAACAACUACUUCAACCACAACAACUCCGACCACCACCUCUACAGGUACUGUAACUACAACAAUGUCAUCUACCACAUCUACAUCAUCUACAUCUACAUCAUCUAAAUCAACACCCACUACCACCUCAACCCCUACAACAACUACUUCCACCACAACAACCCCCACCACCACCUCUACAGGUACUGUAACUACAACAACAUCAUCUACCACAUCUACAUCAACGCCCACUACCACCUCAACCCCAACAACAACUACUUCCACCACAACAACCCCCACCACCACUUCUACAGGUACUGUAACUACAACACUAUCAUCUACCACAUCUACAUCAUCUAAAUCAACGCCUACUACCACCUCAACCCCUACAACAACUACUUCAACCACAACAAUCCCCCCGACCACCUCUACAGGUACUGUAACUACAACAACGUCAUCUACCACAUCUACAUCAUCUACAUCAACGCCCACUACCACCUCAACCCCAACAACAACUACUUCCACCACAACAACCCCCACCACCACUUCUACAGGUACUGUAACUACAACACUGUCAUCUACCACAUCUACAUCAGCUACAUCUACAUCAACGCCCACUACCACCUCAACCCCAACAACAACUACUUCAACCACAACAACCCCCACCACCACCUCUACAGGUACCGUAACUACAACAACAUCAUCUACCACAUCUACAUCAUCUACAUCAACGCCCAGUACCACCUCAACCCCAACAACAACUACUUCAACCACAACAACCCCCACCACCACUUCUACAGGUACUGUAACUACAACACUGUCAUCUACCACAUCUACAUCAGCUACAUCUACAUCAACGCCCACUACCACCUCAACACCAACAACAACUACUUCAACCACAACAACUCCGACCACCACCUCUACAGGUACUGUAACUACAACAAUGUCAUCUACCACAUCUACAUCAUCUACAUCUACAUCAUCUAAAUCAACACCCACUACCACCUCAACCCCUACAACAACUACUUCAACCAUAACAACCCCCACCACCACCUCUACAGGUACCGUAACUACAACAACAUCAUCUACCACAACUACAUCAUCUACAUCUACAUCAUCUAAAUCAACACCCACUACCACCUCAACCCCUACAACAACUACUUCAACCACAACAACCCCCCCGACCACCUCUACAGGUACUGUAACUACAACAACGUCAUCUACCACAUCUACAUCAUCUACAUCAACGUCAACUUCCACCUCAACCCCAACAACAACUAUUUCCACCACAACAACCCCCACCACCACCUCUACAGGUACCGUAACUACAACAUCAUCUACCACAUCUACAUCUACAUCUACAUCAACGCCCACUCCUUGUCCACCGCCUGAUAUUCCCACAUGUCCAAGACAACAGAGGACGCUGGUCAAGGGUCCACGCUGUGAAAAAUGGGAAUGUGACUGUCGCUGUGACCUGUAUGGGGAUCCCCACUACAUUUCUUUUCAAGGUGUAAACUUUGAUUUCCUGGAAAACUGCACCUACAUCCUGGUGGAGGAGCAGUCAGCACGUUAUAAUCUGACUAUUGUUGUGGACAACUUCUACUGUAUAAAAGGCUUCAAGGGCUCCUGUGCAAGAGGCAUCAUCCUGAAAUAUAAAAACAAUAUAGCUACACUUAAUAUCAUAAAGCCUUCUAAAGUACAGGCCACUCUGAACAAUGUUGCCAUACAGCCACCUUAUGAAGCGAAUGGACUGAGUUUUAAAACUACAGGUUACAAAGUGAUCAUCUCCAUCCCAGAGAUCCGCUCCUUUGUCUCCCUUACUCCAUAUUAUACAGUGGUGGUGAAUCUAGCAAUGGAGCACUUCCAUAACAACACACAGGGACAAUGUGGUGUGUGUGGUGGUGCAUCUUGCAUCCGUAAAGGAGGGAAAAUCGAGAAUGACACGUGCUGUGAUAAGACAGCUGCUGACUGGGUGUACACUGAUCCUCUAAAGCCAGCCUGUAUUUCAAAACCAAGAAAUUUCUCUUGUAAUACUCCCUCACCCUCUCCCUCACCCUGUCCCUCACACCCAAUAUGUCAACUGAUAGACCACCCAGUGUUUGACAACUGCAGGAAAUCUGUGGAUCUGACUCACAUAAAGAAGAACUGUGAGUUUGACUUAUGUAACAGGGCAAAUUAUUUAUGCUCAUCCCUGGAGGAAGCUGCUGAGGAAUGUAAAAGAAAAGGUUUCUGUGUUGCCUGGAGAGGGCUGACUAAUGGAAGCUGUGAUGUGCAUUGUGAAAAAGGAUUGGUGUUCAAAGAAUGUGAAACAAAGCUGGAUAACUUCUGCUAUGGAGGAAUGUCUUAUCCAGGAGCCCCUCUUGAAAAACCCAGCGCUGGUUGCUACUGUCCACCUGGCCUUCAAAGAGCAGGAAACCACUCAGAUGUCUGUGUCAGUCAUUGCGAAUAUUGCAAAGGACCAUUAGGAGAGCCAAAAUUUCCUGGCGAGGAAUGGGACUCAAACUGUCACCGGUGUAGAUGUAACAACCAGACUAAGACUGAAGAGUGUUUCAGUAAAACAACUGUGAUGCCACCUACCUAUGGGCCAAAUGCUGUUUUGGUAAACAUUUCUUCCUGUGAGCAGGGUUGUGUUGAGAAGAACUGCAGUUAUGAUGGACAAACAUACAAGGUGGGAGACACAUGGAAAGAUGCUCGCUACCCCUGCAAGUCAUUCAAUUGUACCAAAGAUGGCAUACAAACAGAUACAAAAGUGUGCCCUACAGAAAGCUGCCCUGAGGGGGACAGAGCUUGGGAUGAACAAAAAUGCUGUUUCACAUGUAACAAGACCUGUGCUCCCAAAGUAUCCAGCAUGAACAUCACCGUUGAGAACUGCACCACUGUCGUACAAAUGCCUGUGUGUCAGGGGCCAUGUAUGUCUCAGCCCAGUGUGGUGAUGCACAAGGAUCUGCAAGUGGAGCAGGAGUGUAAAUGUUGUCAAGAACAAAGCUCAGAGAAGAGAUUAGUGUAUCUACAUUGCUCUGAUCUCACUACCAGACAAUAUACCUACAAACAUGUCACCAGCUGUGACUGUAGAGUUUGUAGUAUGAGCUAAAAGGUGCAGACAGUGUAAAAGAAAGAAAAAAAAAACCUCUGCAAUUAUAUCUUUAAUCUAAAUCUAAUCUGUUCUUAUUUCAUCUUUUGCCAUUUAAAGGACCUAUAAUCAGUUUAAUCCAGAAUCAAAAGAAUUAAAAGAAUACAUCUAGGAGCUGCAGCCUCUGUAUGUGGAGCAACUUUUCAAGUUUUCUUUCCACACACAAUUACAGUUAUCUAGUAUGUUUUCAUUCUCCUUCACUUGUUUGUAUACUAAUGAUUUUUUUUCUUCCAUCAAUCUCCACUCAGUCAUAAGAAAUUCAUUUUUAUUUAGUUUGCCACAAAUGCCCACCAAUCAGGUUCCAGAAACUUCCAGAAAUUAUUAAUAUAGGCUGCAUAUAAAUGACAGUUUUGUAAAUGAGAAAUUUAACGUGUCGCAGAAUAGGAAGGAAUAAAUAAACUUUAUUAAAUGAAACACAAGUAAGUUCACGUAAGUGUUACUUUGGGGACUAAACAUAAAAGUGUGGCAACAACUUCAGAAAGUCUCAGAGACAAUCGGAAAGUGGAUUUGAGUUGUAAUCAUAUAAGCAUUAUACUGAGUUCUUCUUUUGUUUCAAUAAAUCUUCUUUAAGCAUG